AUGAUUUGUAGCGGACAUCACCUACCGGAAGAGGAUGUCCUUGGAAAUUUCCGUACACUAGUCUUCAGUAUAAAGCCAAUAAAAACUGAAAUCCGAUGUGGGACAUGCAUUUGUUUGUCGGUUAAACGCACACGCUCCUAUGUAGAAGAAGUUUAUCGCCAGAUAGAAGAAAAGCCGGAUAUACUUGAUAUUAUAAUAUUGAACAAAAAUGGGAAUCCUGUUAAGACGACGAUGGAGCCGCAAUCAGCUAUUGAGUUUUCCGGCCUGUACGAGGUAUUGAAGGAAAAAGUUCAAUCAGGCUUGCAGAAGAUCGAUCCUGACGAUAAGCUAUUGAUGCUACGUGUACGUACAAAAGCAAACGAAGUGCUUAUUACGCCAGAUGAAAAAAUUACUGUGGUGGUAGUGCAAAAUGCUCAAGAUAGAAUACAAUUAUGAAUUGUAAUUUUGAAUUUUAAAAUAAAUUGCUAUAUUAGCACAUUAGAACCAUUCAAAAAUAUAAUCAUA